AUGUUGGAGUUUCUCCCAGUGGUUGAGAGGGUUGCUUUCCUGCACCUCUGGAUUGGGAAAUGGGUCCUGACUGUCCUCUGUGUUUAUGUGCCAAAUGACAGCUCAGAGUACCCAGCUUUCUUGGAGUGCUGGAGGGUGCCCCCAUUUGGGGACUCCAUUGUCCUGCAGGGUGACUUCAUUACCCUUGUUACACCCACCUGUUCUGAUGUGUUUGUUGUUCAGGAUCAACUGCAGCAGAAGAUCGUGUGUCCAGGUGUGGUCACCUGUCUGUCUGCCUCACCUAAUGGACUCUUCCUUGCUGCUGGAGUUUCUGAGGCUGUUUACCUGUGGGAGGUGUGCACAGGUAAGCUGCUGUCUGUCCUCAGUCGUCACUAUCAGGAUGUCACCUGUCUGAAGUUCACAGAUGAUAGCAGCCAUUUUGUUUCUGGAGGAAAAGACAACCUGGCUCUGGUGUGGAGUCUGUCCAGUGUCGCCCAGCUGGAUAUAAGCCACGCCCCCGAGCCUCGCCACAUCCUGUCUCGUCACUCUCUGCCAAUCACAGACCUGCACUGUGGCCUAAUGGGAGCUCAGGCUCGAGUUGCCACCGCCUCCUUAGACCAGACGGUGAAGGUGUGGGAGCUGUCCUCAGGUGAGUUGCUCCUGUCAGUCCUCUUGAAUGUGGAGAUCAUGUCUGUGACCUUUGACCCUGCUGAGUACUCCUGUUCUGGAGGAAGUGAUGGAAGCAUUUUCCAGGUGGUCUCUAUGUAGCCAAGUCUCAGUCGGGAAAAGUCGUUCCAGUCGGACAGUGAAGGAAACCAGGUGUUCAAAGGUCACAGGAACCUGGUGACAUGUCUCUCAGUAUCAAUGGAUGGGACUCUUCUCCUGUCAGGCUCACAUGAUGAGACGGUUCGACUGUGGGACAUUCAGAGCAAACAGAGCAUCCGCUGCCUCGCACACAAAGGUCCAGUGACGAAUGCCAUCAUCAUGCUGGCUCCUGCUAACAUGUUCCUGCCCGACAGUCGGCCCGCCGUCCCUCUGCCACGCUUCAGCCGACAUUUACACACCUCCGAGGGUGACGGUGGCGAGUCUGGGGAUGUGUGUGUCCGCCUCAGGCUCCACACACAGGAGGAGGAAGAAACGUACCUGCAGAAAGCCGACACGCUAAACUCGCUGAUGAGCGCUGUGACUGACAAGUCUGUGUUUGGUGAUGGUGAAAAUGUGAAGGUUCGAGUUACCGAGCUCGAAGAAGAAGUUCAGACUCUGAAAAAAAUCAACAAAGAUCUCUACGACUUCUCCAGCCAGCUCCUCACCAAACCCACAUAAACACACACACACACACACACACACACACAAUGCGCACACACUGAUAUAUAUUUUUUUUUUUUACAA